AGAGUAGACUGUCAGCGUUGGACUGAACGGUAUGUUGUACUGAGUAGACUGUCAGCUCUCACUGUGUCCUCUCUACUAAAGGGCAGAGCAGUGCCAUGGCUGGCAUCACGAUCCGAAGAUUUGAGGAAGACGACAAGGAGACCGUGAAGGAGAUCUUCACCAUGGGGAUGAGCGAGCACGUCCCCUCCUCUUUCAUGCACCUCCUCAAACAGCCCCUGACCCAGAUGAUCCUGAUGGUCACGUUCUGCGCCCUGCUGGCCAGCUCCAAGUCCGUCCUGCUGCCUGUAGUAGGAGUCACUCUCCUCCUGGCCGGGGCCAAGCAGCUGGUGGGCUACCUCUUCAACAGCUACAUCGACACCUCCCUGAGGAAGGACCUCGACCACAUCCAGGAGACCUACCUGGAGAACAAGGACUCGUGUUUCUGGGUGGCUGAGAGCGACGGCCGGGUGGUGGCGACGGUGGCCUGCCUGCCCGCGGAGAGGGCACCAGGCUGCAUGGAGCUGAAGAGGUUGUCUGUAUGUCGUACACACCGGAGGAUGGGCAUCGCCAAGGCCCUCAGCAGGACAGUGGCAGACUUCAGCAGGGAGAGGGGCUUCCCUGCGGUCGUCCUCUACACGUCUGUAGUGCAGACUGAUGCACAGAGGCUGUAUGAGAACGUGGGCUACACACGGGUCAGAGAGUUCGUCAUCCCUGAGCCCAUCGCCAAAAUCACCAACUUUACCCUGAUAGAGUACAGACUGGACUUACUGCAGGGGGGGAAAUAGGAGGACUGGAAUUACUGC